UUUGUCGCUGCCGGAGUGUGCCUGCCGCACUGAAUUCAGGCGGUUACAGUGCUGAGAUCCCGCCUCACACCACUGCCGCUGCCCCGCACACUGGGCAGAAUUCCCUGCUUGUCAGUGGUGGCAGCGCAGUGUGGUGCCCCUCGGCCCCCCCAAAAAUUACCCCUAUCUUUGACUUGAGCAUUGCCGCCAAAGUCAACAGGGUCCGGUUGCCUUAUCGUGCGCCUGCUUCUGCCGAGGGUGUAAUUCUCGGUAUUCGUCCGGUGCAGGCGGGGAUAUGUCUGAUAAGAUGUCCGUCGAUAAAAAAGAUCCGCCCAAAGAGGAAAGUGAAGAGUCAAUGGAGUCGAGCCCGGAGGGUGAGGCUCCUCCUGCACCCCCUACUCAGACCGAAAAUCAACAACCGAAGCGGAAAGGGGGCCGGAAGCCGAUCUAUGCAACUUCCGAGGAGAGAAAACAAAGGAACCGUCAGGCUCAGGCGGCUUUCAGAGAGCGCCGGACCGAGUACAUUAAGCAACUCGAGGAAGCCAUCAGGACUCAUGAGCAGAAUUUGGCCAACCUUCAGGCUGCCCAUCGCCAUGCCGCCGACGAGUGUUUGAUGUUGCGUUACAAAAACUCGCUUCUGGAACGCAUCCUGUUGGAGAAAGGGAUCGAUGUGCAAGCUGAACUGCGGGCCAAAACCGGCAGCCCAAAUCUUGGACCAACCCAUGUGCCCCAGAAUUUGGUACAGCCACCGCCCAUUCAACGGGCCAUCUUGAACAGACACCAUGCCCGCAGGUCGAAUUCCAGCAUUGCGCCGAAACUAGAGCCAGGGGUCAACAUGUCCCCCUUGCCGCCUCCAAUUCAUCCCCAUCCCUCAGCGCUCUCCCCCAAGAGUCGGCAUACUCCUUCCUCUCACUCGGCCUCACCAACGGCGACGACGUCAUUCGGAUCCCAACACGGCGCUUCUCCCGCGGGAUCCGACCAUCUAAAUCCCCCCGUCCGACCGUCGAUGCCGCCGCCGACGACGAUGAAGGCGCCGCCACCACCCCACUUAGCUCCAUUGCAUGGGUUACCCGGACCUCGACAAAUGCAGAUUCCGGGACUUCAGCAGGCGCCCAGUCACGUACGAGGAGGGGUCACGGGGAACGCGGCUCCGUUCUACCCUACGCCUUCUUUUCAGAACCAUAUUGAGCAGCUCGAACAGGAAUACGAUGCCGCUCCCGAGAUGAUGGACGACGAUCCCCCGGAUACCCCGAGCGGGCCCGGCCCCUACCCUGGUCCGACAUACACGGCCGAAACGCAACCCAUGGCGCUGUCGUCUCCGGUCACCACUGGGCCGCCUGGCAACCAACAGAUCGCUGGGCAAUCGCCCAUUGAUAACACACCUCACAGCCAGCACCCACCUUAUCCCUCCAUGACGCAGCUAAUCGAUCCCGGCUACGAUUUCGAUCCCUUUGGCUUGAGCGCAAGCAUGGCUUUUCCCACUCAGUUCACGUUCGAUACCAGCAACAUGCGGUGAAAGUGCUGAUCCCACGGAAUGGGAGAACGACGGUUGUUGACGGGGCGCCUCACCCCGCCAGGUACGAAGCCUCUUUUGGUUCUUGAGAGCGAGAUUGCACCACUAUUUGCACCCAGGACCACACUGGAAACCAUCCAGAGCAUU